AUGAUCGAAACGCUGUCAUGCACCAAGCAGACAUCCAGUGAAGAAGUUAAAAGACGUCUUGACAAAGGAGAAAAGUAAGAGUAUUUGUACGGAAUCGUAUCAGGAAAAAUAUCAUUUCUUACUAUUCCUCCGCAUUCACAAUUAAUUCCAAUACUACGAUGCCGAAUUGCACGCUCACAUAGCGUCUUGUUAUCUUCAUUUUUGCCUUAGACGAAAAACCUCCAGUAAGCAAUCUCUUUGUCGCGCACCAACUGACAUGGAUAAUGGCUCUUUAUACAUACGCAUACAUGACUUAUCUAUGGGUGCAUUCGCUGAAAUGAAGAUGGAGUCGGACAUGGAGUAUCUUUCGGACGAGUCCUGGCAAUGGGACGAAGAAGAUUCAGAGAAUGAGUCAAAAGAUUCGAGUGACAACUAUAAAUCCUCAGUCUGGUACGCCGCUUGGUUCGGAGAAGCUACUGAUCUUCGUAACAUUUUGCAACGGCUAAAUCAAAUAGAAAAACGGAUGCACUUAAACAAUUUACGCUGUGGCUAUAUGGCCGGUAACCGGUCAGUAAAUUUCACAAAAUCGAAAGAUUCUAGCUAAUCUAAACUAUCAUAUGCCGAUUAAGACAAGUCAAGCGAUCCUGAAAUGCUAUAUAGAUCUCAAGUCUAGUGUUUGAUUUACGCCGGGCUCAGAAGACGAGACCGUGUUUUGUGACACUUUUUUCAGCUCGACCGCCGGUCACAGUUUUCAAAACACUGCCGGUCAUUUAGUGUUUUUAACACCUUGAGCGGUUACCGGCCAUAUAGCCACAGCGAACACUUUAAAUCCAUAAAAAUCAGGGAGGACAUCUGUGCAAGAUAUUUUGGCGGGCACUCCCCACUCAUCGCUGCUGCUCGCCGCUGAGAACUGGAUUGUGUCAAAGAGCUUCUUCGAUACAACGCAAAUAUUGAAGCUUCAGGACGAAAUGUCGCAGAAGAUAUAAACAACUGGGAAGUCGACGGAACUGCUUAUUACAGAACUCCCGUGGAUGAUCAGAAUGGUACAGCAUUUUUGCAGCCGCUGUCGAAGAACAUGUUGAAGUUGUGAGCUAUUUAAUAGAGCAUGGGGCUAAUGUUAAUGGGAGAUCUAAUAAACAGAGCACUCCGUUAAUUAUAGCAAGUUUUUGCAAUAAAAAUGUUGUAAAGUGCCUCAUUCAACAUGGAGCUAAUGUUGACAAUCGCGACGAAACUGGUUUUACGGCGGUGUAUUAUGCUGUUUUAGGCCAGGAGGAGCGAGGACGUUAG